AUGGCCUUCUUCGCCCGCAAUUUUUACAACCCCGACGCGUCCUUCGCGCCGCUCUUCCGUCUCCUCGACGAGUUCGACGCCUACUCGCGCCCCGUCAACGGAAAUGGCCAUCACCGGCGCUCGGCGCUGCCUGUCUGGCAGCCUAAGUUCGACGUCCGAGAGACCGGCGAACGCUAUGAGCUUCACGGCGAGCUCCCGGGCAUGAACAAGGACCAGGUCCAGAUUGAAUUCACCGAGCCGCAGACCAUGGUCGUGCGUGGCCGCGUCGAGCGGAGCUACACUACUGGCACCCCGCCUGCUGGGUUACUGAAGGACGCACCGCAAAGCAAGGCCAUCGCUGAGGGCGGAGACGAGCGUGCCAGCCAGUCGCGUCACGCUAGUGUGGAAGACGAGGGCGCUGGCGCCACCAAGACCUCCGGCACCGAGGUCGUUGACAAGAAGACCGAGGUGGCCGCCCAAGAGCCCGGCGACACGGCCAAGUACUGGCUUUCCGAGCGUAGUGUGGGGGAGUUUUCCCGCACGUUCAACUUCCCGGGCAGCAUUGACCAGGAGGCCGUCAGCGCGAGCUUCAAGGACGGAAUCUUGAGUAUUGCAGUGCCUAAGGCGACGCGGCAUGGGUCGCGCCACAUCACGAUCAACUAA